UCGUAGAGUCGGCAAGAUAUCAACCAUGAACGCCUUGACCAUUGUAGCUCUAGCCAUCUUCUCCGUCGCGGUGUCCGGCCACGGCCAUCACGGGCACCACGGAGGUGGCGGCGGAGGACAUGGAGGCGAAGGGCACGGAGGAGACGGACAUGGAGCGACCAUCGAGGGCCAUCACGACGGCCCAUUCCACGUCCACGGACCAUCCUACGGACCAUCUCAACUCAAGGGACCCCACUUCGCCGAAGCUGGAGUAUCCGGACCUAGCGUUGGACCCGCUUCCGUUGAGGGACCUAGAGUAGCAGCCGUCGCAAUCUCCGGACCAGUCAACGAGGGAGCCGUCCUCUCGGCUCCAGUCUUUGGAGGAGUCACCUUCGCCGAAGGAGCUGGUGGUGGCGGCGGUGCCGGAGGCGAAGGCGGUGAAGGCGGCGCAGGAGGACACGGAGGCGGAUGGGGAGGUCACGGAGGACAUGGAGGACAUGGAGGUCACGGUCAUGGGUACCAUCACUAGGACUGGAACGCUGCGUUUUUGUUGACACCUCAAAUAGUACCUUAACUCAAUGGUUGAAAUUUAUUUAUGUUGAACGGUUUUGCAAUGUUACCAUUGUUUUAUAUUUUUUUUACCAGUUUAUCACAUGUUUAAUA